ACCCAUGACUGGCUUCAACUAUUGAGAAUGAGCAGCGAUAGUAACAAAUACUCAAAAAUGUAAGAGAGAAAAGAGCAACAAGUAGAAUCCAGAGUUUCAAGUCAUACCAAUUUCUUUCUCGUACUACAACUCUGUAGCAACAAGUACCCUCGGUUUGUUCGCCGGACUCAGCCACCGAUACCAUAUAUAUAUCUUCAUUGAUCUCUCAGAAGAGAAGCCCAAAUCAGAACAAGGGCUAUUGUCAAUUUCAAAGGACCUGAUUUGGUGGUUGGCUUCAGCUUGUAUUUCAUAAAAGAUGGGUCCCUACCUUGUCGGAGUCAUUGUUCCCUUUGUAUUGACUCUUCUCCUCCGGACUUCAAAUAAUGGGAAGAAGCGCGGUGUGCCUGCUGAUGUUGGUGGUGAACCUGGGUUUGCAGUUAGAAAUAAAAAAUUUACUUCCCCUAUUGUCUCAGCUUGGACAGGCAUUUCAACACUUGCUGAGCUUUUUGAGGAUUCGUGCAACAAGUACCAUGAGAAGAGGUUUCUUGGAACCCGGAGAUUGAUAUCCAGUGAACUAGAAUUUUCUGGAGAUGGACGCUCAUUUGAAAAGCUUCAUUUGGGUGACUAUGAGUGGUUGACAUAUGGCAAAGCAUUUGAAAUUGUCUGCAAUUUUGCUUCUGGUUUAGCGAAUCUUGGUCAUAAAAAAGACGAACGUGUUGCUAUAUUUGCUGAUACACGAGAAGAGUGGUUCCUUGCUCUGCAGGCUUGUUUCCGACGCAAUGUCACCGUUGUGACAAUCUAUUCAUCUUUGGGGGAGGAAGCUUUAUGUCACUCCUUAAAUGAGACAGAAGUUACAACUGUAAUUUGUGGAAAGCGAGAGUUAAAGAAGCUGUUAGAUAUAAGUGGACAACUGGACACCGUAAAGCAUGUAAUAUGUAUGGAUGAUGAUAUCCCAUCCCAUUCCUCGUUAAUUCAAGCGAGUAGCAGUUGGACAAUUUCAUCCUUUACGGAGAUUGAACAACUUGGCAGAGAGAAUCCAGUUGAUGCUGAUUUACCUGUUUCAGCUGAUAUUGCUGUUAUAAUGUAUACAAGUGGAAGUACUGGCUUGCCCAAGGGGGUAAUGAUGACCCAUAGCAAUAUUUUAGCUACAGUUUCUGCUGUCAUGACAAUUAUUCCUCGCCUUGGACACAAGGAUGUUUAUUUAGCAUACCUGCCCCUGGCACACGUUCUUGAACUAGCAGCUGAGAAUAUAGUUGUCUCCGUAGGAAUGUCAAUAGGUUAUGGGUCCCCUUUGACACUAACUGAUACAUCUAACAAGAUUAAGAGGGGAACAAAGGGGGAUGCUUCUAUGCUGGGACCAACAAUUAUGGCUGCUGUACCAGCAAUUCUUGAUCGAGUGAGGGACGGUGUGCGCAAAAAGGUUGAUGCAACGGGUGGGUUAUCAAAACAAUUGUUUGAUUUGGCAUAUGCUCGUCGAUUAUCUGCAAUAAAUGGCAGCUGGUUUGGGGCAUGGGGCUUUGAAAGGCUUUUCUGGAACUUUUUAGUAUUUCGAAAGAUUCGGGCAAUACUGGGUGGUCGUGUUCGUUUUUUGCUGUCUGGGGGUGCACCGCUUUCUGGAAAUACUCAAAGAUUCAUCAACAUUUGUAUUGGUGCUCAAAUAGGUCAAGGUUACGGUCUCACUGAAACUUGUGCUGGAGCGACAUUCACGGAGUAUGAUGAUACAUCUGUGGGGCGUGUUGGGCCUCCAAUACCUUGCUCCAUUGUCAAGUUGAUAGAUUGGGCUGAAGGUGGCUAUUCGGCAAAUGAUUCUCCUAUGCCUCGUGGGGAAAUAGUUAUUGGUGGGCCUCAUGUGACUCUUGGAUAUUAUAACAAUGACGAGAAGACAAAAGAAGUGUACAAGGUUGAUGAGAGAGGAAUGAGGUGGUUCUACACAGGUGACAUAGGGAGAUUUCAUGCUGAUGGUUGCCUAGAGAUAAUUGAUCGUAAGAAGGAUAUAGUAAAACUUCAGCAUGGAGAAUAUGUAUCUCUAGGAAAGGUUGAGGCUGUUCUGGUUAGCAGCCCUUACGUUGACAUCAUAGUGCUUCAUGCCGAUUCUUUCUACAGUUAUUGUGUGGCUUUAGUGGUGGCUUCACAGUCUGCAUUGGAGGAAUGGGCCCACAAUCAAGGUAUCAAAUAUGCAGAUUUUUCGGACUUGUGCCAGAAGGAAGAAACUGUGAAGGAAGUGCUUGGUUCACUUGUGAAGGUGGGGAAAGCAGCACGUCUGGAAAAAUUUGAGUUGCCCGCAAAGAUUAAGUUGCUUUCUGAACCCUGGACACCUGAAACUGGUUUAGUAACUGCAGCUCUCAAGAUAAAACGAGAUGCAAUCAGGAAGGCGUUUUCUGUGGACCUUGCUCAGCUAUAUUCAUAGAAAUGCAAUAUAGGCGGUUGACAGAUUGUGGAAUAAUGUUUAGACAACCCAACCUACAUCCGAGCUGUUCUUUAUUUGUAUUCAACUUCCGGUAUUUUUUUUCCUUUUCAUUGUUUUCUGUAUGUGUACCUUUUGUUAGUUAGUUUUUGGUCGCCAUUACUUUUUGAGUUUUUGUGGAUUCGGGAAAGUGAAUUCAGCAGAGUAAGUAGCAGGUCUAAAUUGUUGAUGUUAUGCAAUGGUCUAACUUGAAAUCUAGUUGAGUUUAGUCUGUUAAGUAGUGAACCUGUUGGGAAAGUCUGCUACUGUAAUUCGUGUUUUGGUGAAAAAGUUUGUAUUUCGAUGCCUAUUAAAUUGUGAUUGCUUGAA